AUGCAUUUCGUGAAAAAAGUAGCAACAACAGAAGAGCAAAGGAUAAAGAAAGAAAAGGAAAAAGCUGAGAAGUUGAAAGUUUACUGCAAAUUAAGGAAUCAAGUUGUUGAAAAAAGGAUGAAAGAUGAGUUAGACGAAGAAAUGCUAUUUUUAACUGCUUCUUUGCUUGAAAAAAAUCCGGAGGUUUAUACAUUUUGGAACAUUCGCCGUCGAGUGAUCAAUUUAUUGCUGGAGGUUGAGGAAUAUUGGUCAUUCACUUCUCCUCGCAUGAAAUUAUCAGAAGGAAGCAACGAAGAAAAUAUAGAUAAAAAGAAUAACAUAUUCUCCUCAGAAAUGCAAUUAACGGAAGCUUGUUUAAAGACAAAUCCCAAAUCAUACUGUGUGUGGUUUCAUCGCUUCUGGUGCUUCAAACAGUUACCAAAUCCAAAUAUAGCGGAAGAAUUAACAGCUUGUGAAAAAUUCUUGGACAUAGAUGGCAGGAAUUUCCAUUGCUGGGACUAUCGACGAGAAGUAGCCAAAUUUGGCGCUCAUUCAGCUGAAGAAGAACUCAAGUUUUCUGACAGAUUGAUCAAUGCAAACUUCAGUAAUUAUUCCUCAUGGCAUUAUCGUUCGUAUCUUCUGCCGUCUUUAUUUCCUGAUGCUGAAAAACAGCUAGUUAUAAACAGAGAGGCCUUAUAUAAUGAAUACCGAAAGAUGUCAUGCAGCAUUAUUGCUUUAGCUAAAUUUCAUUGUUUUAAGAAACUGGAAAAUGCGUUCUUUACGGAUCCCGAAGAUCAAAGUGCUUGGAUAUUCGCUGAAUGGCUUUUGCUAUCCGACGAAAAGAGAAAGAAAUAUGAUGUUGAUAAUGUCCAUUUAUUGGGAUUGGUAUUCGAUUUCACUCCGAGCGACUACAGUCAAACCGAAUUUAGUUUCGCUCCUGUUGAAUGCGAUCAAACCGCAGCUACAUAUUUAUCAGUCACAUUUGAUCGUGCUGUAAAAUUGACAAGGAUAUCUGAUUUUGUGAUUGUAAAAAUGAAGAAUGGUGAUCAGUGGACCCCCAUUAUGAAUUCUGAUAUGACAAAUCGUAGAACAUUUCGUGCUAGAAAUUCAUAUCGGUUUGAAAUCGCUGGUGAAUUAGCCGAAUGCCAGUUACGUCCUUCACUUGGUGAGCCGUAUCAGAUCGUCGAUAUGGAACAAGGAUUUGUUAAUUUCGAUGAAAUUUAUCAUAUCUAUCACAUUAAAUGCAAGCCAGUUAGUGAAGGCCGAAAACAUAUCAUCGAAAAACUAAUGGCUAAUUGUCAAGAACUGCUUAAAGAGUUAAAAAUUGAACAGAAGAAGGAGAUUUUAAAGUGGCCGCUUCUUACCUAUACUUUUGCAAUCUUGGAAUUAGAACCGAUUAAAAUGCUUCCAACAAUUUUGACAAACUUGGAAGAAUUGGCUACAGAUAUUGAUCCACAACGAUGCGAAAUAUAUGAUGAGAUGGCUAUGAAUCUACGAAUUAACGAAAGACUUCGUCAGAAGUUAGGUGAUGUACAGAGGAUAGAUAUUUUAUUCACACGAGUUAAUAAUCAUGUUAUUGGAGAACUGAAGCUGGAUAAUUUGGGUUUAAAAAGCAUUGAUCAUUUAAAAUAUUUGUCAUCAUUUAUCACACGAUUGGAUCUUACUGGGAAUAAAUUCACCAAUUUCCGCAGUUUCAAAUCUUUUCGACGUUUAACUCAUUUACGACUUCUUGGAAAUCCUAUUAUGAGUUAUAAAGGUAUUAGUAUGUUGCCACAGUUGGAUUAUUUGGCUAUUAUUGAAAGGGCUAUGAACCUUUUGGAUACUGAGGACAACAUUGCACUGGGAAAGAUUAAAUUGCUGGAAUUUGAAGGGCAGGGAGAACCAGUUAGAAUGUGGACGAGGUAA